AUGUCUGAUGAGUUGUCUCAUAAGAAUCUUGAUCCAGUCAAGAAAUAUGCACAGCCUGUGCCACUUAAACAUGGUAGUUGGAGGUGUAACUAUUGUCAUAAAGUCACAAAUGGUGGAGUUAAAGGUGCAAAACAGCAUAUUCUUGGAGGUUUUAGGAAUGUUACUCAAUGUUCUCUAGUUCCUCCUAUUAUGAGGGAAGAAAUAAAAGAUUCCAUGCUUAAGAAAACUGAAAUUAAAGCCACUACUCAAAUGAUGCCACCCCCAGCCACUUCAUAUGACGAUUAUGGUGAAGAAGAAGAAGCAGCUGAAGUUUUGGGAAAUGAAAGAAGACAGCCACCUGUGAAGAAACAAAAAGGUCUAAUGGACAUGUUUGUUUGUCCAACUCUUCCUAAUGUAUUGAAAGUUCUGAAAGAUGCUAACAUGUUGUACGAUCACCUGGAUCUUAUGGUGGAUGAAGUUGGGGAAGCUAAUGUUGUCAAAGUGGUAAUCGACAACGCAUCAAACUAUGUGAAAGCUAGCCAACUAUCAAUGGCAAACCGACCUCAUUUGUAUUGGACGCCUUGUGCUGCUCAUUGCAUAUACCUCAUGCUUGAGGAUAUAGGAAAGAUUUCGGAAGUGAAGACUGUUAUCACACAAUGCAUCUUCAAGAAUGAUUAUAUCUAUGGUCACACUUCCCUUGUGAAUAUGAUGAGAAAAAUUCACAAGCGAUGGAAAUCUGCAAAGAUCGGCUGUAACACGGUUUGCUACGUCUUUCACACAAUUGGGCAGUAUCAUAAGCAGAGAAAAAACUUGAGGAAUUCUGCGACUUCUCAAGAAUGGGCAGAUUCCAAAUGGCAAAAGGAAAUAGGAGCAAGGACUGUGAAGAGGAUCAUUAUGCAAGACAGUUUCUGGCACAAGGAUGGUUGA